CCGCCACCACGGCGCCCGCCCCUCCUUCCCUCCGCCGUGAGCUCAGAGUACCAGGGCAGAGCGCUGUGGACCAGGACAGAGGCCCGCGAGCAGCCAUGGGCUCUGGCGGCGAAGGCGUCCUUGGGGCCCGCCAGCCCCUGCCUCUCCUGCUUCUGCUUGUCACAGGAGGCAUGGCUCAGGACUCCCCACCCCAGAUCCUCGUCCACCCCGAGGACCAGCUGCUCCAGGGCCCUGGCCCGGCCAAGAUGAGCUGCCAGGCCUCAGGCCAGCCGCCUCCCACCAUCCGCUGGCUGCUGAAUGGGCAUCCCCUGAGCAUGGCGCCCCCAGACAUUCACCACCUCCUACCUGACGGAACCCUCCUGCUGCUGCGGCCCCCUCCCCGGGGACGUGCUCACGAUGACCAGGCCCUGUCCACAGACCUGGGGGUCUACACGUGUGAGGCCAGCAACCGGCUGGGCACGGCAGUCAGCCGGGGCGCUCGGCUGUCUGUGGCUGUCCUUCGGGAAGAUUUCCAGGUCCAGCCUCGGGACCAGGUGGCCACGGUGGGCGAGCAGGUGAUCCUGCAGUGUGGGCCGCCCUGGGGCCACCCAGAGCCCACAGUCUCAUGGUGGAAGGAUGGGAAACCCCUGGCCCUGCAGCCAGGGCGGCACUCGGUGUCCAGAGGUUCCCUGCUGAUGGCAAGAGCAGAGGAGAGUGACGCAGGGACCUAUAUGUGCGUGGCCACCAACAGUGCAGGACGACGGGAGAGCCGGGCAGCCAGGGUGUCUGUCCAAGAGCCCCAGGACCACAGGGGGCCCCUGGAGCUUCUGGCUGUGCGCAUUCAGCUGGAAAACGUGACCCUGCUGAACCCAGACCCUGCGAAGGACACCAAGCCGGGUCCUGCUGUGUGGCUUAGCUGGAAGGUGAGCGGCCCCGCUGCUCCUGCUCAGUCCUACACGGCCCUGUUCAGGACCCAGGCUGCCCCCGGAGGCCAGGGAGCCCCGUGGGCAGAGGCCCUGCUGGCUGGCUGGCAGAGCGCGGAGCUGGAGGGCCUCCACUGGGGCCAAGACUACGAGCUCAAAGUGAGACCAUCCUCCGGGCGGGCCCAAGGCCCCGACAGCAACGUGCUGCUCCUGAGGCUGCCUGAACAAGUGCCCAGUGCCCCUCCCCAGGAGGUGACCCUAAAACCCGGCAACGGCAGUGUCCUCGUGAGCUGGGUCCCACCACCUGCUGAAAACCGCAAUGGCAUCAUCCGUGGCUACCAGGUCUGGAGCCUGGGCAACACGUCGUUGCCCCCGGCCAACUGGACGGUGGCGGGCGAGCAGACCCGGCUGGAGAUCGCCACCCGCGUGCCAGGUUCCUACUGCGUACAAGUGGCCGCAGUCACUGGGGCUGGGGCUGGGCAGCCCAGCAGCCCUGUCUGCCUCCUUUUAGAGCAGGCCGUGGAGCAAGCCGCCCAGGAACCCAGUGCACACGGCCCGUGGACCCUGGAGCAGCUGAGGGCGGCCUUGAGGCGGCCAGAGGUCAUUGCCAGCGGGGGUGUUGUGCUCUGGCUGCUGCUGCUGGGCACCGCCGUGUGCGUCCACCGCCGGCGCCGAGCUGGGGUGCACCUGGGCCCAGGUCUGUACAGACAUACCAGUGAGGACGCCAUCCUAAAACACAGGACGGAUCACAGUGACUCCCCGUGGCUGACAGACACUUGGCGCUCCACCUCUGGCUCUCGGGACCUCAGCAGCAGCAGCAGUCUCAGCAGCCGACUGGGAGUGGACCCCCGGGACCCACUAGACAGUCGUCGCUCCUUGGUCUCCUGGGAUCCCCGAAGCCCCGGUGUGCCCCUGCUUCCUGACACCAGCACUUUUUAUGGCUCCCUCAUCAAUGAGCUGCCUUCCAGCCCCCCAGCCCGGCCAAGUCCCCAGGCCCCAGCUGCCAGGCGGCUCACACCCCAGAUGGCCAGGCUCUCCAGUCCCUGGCCCAGUUCAGACAGCCUCUGCGGCCGCAGGGGCCUCUCUCCUCCGCGCUCGUCUCUGGCCCCUGCAGAGGCUUGGAAGGCCAAAAAAAAGCAGGAGCUGCACCAGGCCAACAGCUCCCCGCUGCUCCAGGCCAGCCACCCCGUGGAGCUCUGGGCCUGUGAGUUGGGCAACAGAGGCUCCAAGAACCUUUCCCAAAGCCCAGGAGCUGGGCCCUGGGCCCUGGUUGCCUGGCGGGCCCUGGGACCACAGCUCUUCGGCUCCCCCAGUGAGCUGGCGACUCGCCCUCUCCCCGCAGCACCCCUCCCUCCUCGUGGACCCCCCACUCAGAGUCAACAGACCCAGCACUCGGUGGAGCCCCAAGCCCCCUCCUGCCCCCCACUGUCAGCAGCCCCCGUCCCCGCCUUUAUCCCCUCCGGUCCCCCCAGCCCCCCCAGUCCCCAGGCCUCUUCCCUCUCUGGUCCCAGCCCAGCAUCCAGUCGCCUGUCCAGCUCAUCACUGUCGUCCCUGGGGGAGGGUCAGGACAGUGUGCUGACCCCUGAGGAGGUGGCCCUGUGUCUGGAGCUCAGUGAGGGUGAGGAGACCCCCAGGAACAGUGUCUCUCCAGUGCCAAGGGCUCCUUCACCCCCCAUCACCUAUGGCUACAUCAGCGUCCCGACGGCCUCGGAGCUAGCGGACAUGGGCAGGCCUGGAGGAGGGGUGGGGUCCGAGGUGAGGGGCUUGCUGUGCCCACCUCGGCCCUGCCCCACCCCCACCCCCAGCGAGGGCUCCUUGGCCAACGGCUGGGGCUCAGCCUCUGAGGACAACGCCCCCAGCGCCAGAGCCAGCCUGGUCAGCUCCUCCGACGGCUCCUUCCUCGCCGACGCCCACUUCGCCCGGGCCCUGGCCGUGGCUGCGGACAGCUUCGGCUUUGGUCUGGAGCCCAGGGAGGCAGACUGCGUCUUCACAGAUGCUUUGUCACCUCCCUCCCCCCGGGAUGACCUCUUCCUGAACUCCGCCCUCUCCCUGCCCCCGUGGGAGUGGAGGUCAGACUGGUUGGAGGACAUGGAGAGAAACCACACCCAGUGGCUGGGAAGGGGGCUGCCUCCCUGGCCCCCCACCUCUCGGAUCUCGUCCCAGAGAAGUCAACUCAGCUGUCCUGCGCCCGAGGCCGGCGACUCCUCGUGAACUGUUCCCGAGACCGCCAAGAGGGGAAUCAGAACCCUCUCCCCUGUCGGCCACCAGCCUGGGCUGUGGACUGUGGGUCUUGACCUUUGCUUCUCUGCAGUCGGAGUCCACCCCCCCCAGCCUCCAAAGUUCUCUGUCCCGGAUUGUGAAAACAAAGGAUAGCAAAACAAAAUAUGAACAAAGCGGACCUGGAGCCCCCCGGGGG